AUGCUUGCCAGAAUCGCCACCACCUCUGUCCGCCGUCUCCCGCGUGCUGCGCCCGCGUCAGUGCGACUCUACUCUGAAGAUUCGUUCAAUAAAAAGGAGAAGGCUCACGAAGACCAGUAUGCGCGUCAGCAUGAAGCUGCGCAGUUGAAGAAGAUAAGGAAGGAGAUUGAGAAGAAGAAAGCGGAAUUGGCUGAGCUAGAGAAGCAACAUGAAGCGGCUUCAGGGAAGAAGUAG